CAGGCCCACAUGUUUUUAGUUUACUGUGAGAAUCCAACAGAUUUCUAUUUAACACUCCAGGUAUUUCAAAGAGUUCAUAAAGAUAUAGUUUGUAACAACUUUCCUUGUACCUUUAGAAGAGAAACAGGCCCAAAGCAUUACAGAUCCUCUACCAUACUUAACAGCAGUCAUGAUAUACUUUUUUAAGUAUCUCUCCUUUGUUUUAGACCAAACCCACCUGAUGUGUUUAUUGCCGAAAAGCAUGCCGAUAGUGGUUGUUAAGGAGAUGUGGACACCUUUGCUGCAGUUCUCCAACUGUAACCUUUUAAGAAUAAUUUUUUAAUCUCCUUAACCAUCCUCCUAACUGUGUGUGUUGGAGCAAUACACAUAAUUCUCAUCCAGCCUUGUUUGCAACAGUUCAAGUAUUGCUCUGAGUGUAGCUAUGGACCAGAUGUAUUCCUGUCCUGAUUUCCUGAUUGAUGAAGAUCAACACACAUUUGUCUUACUUGAAUUACAUCUUCUGUAGUCUUUACCAUUUUGAAGAGUGGCUACAUGAAAUGGGUCUUUGUGUCCUGCCACAAUUUGUACCUCACGGAAACAAGAAAUCAUGGAUUACUAAUUAAAGGUCCUAGAGAUUCACACCAACUUAACAAAUAAAUAAAGCCCAAAAAUGCUUAAGCGACAUGUUAGGAUUUGUUAGUUGUACCGAUAACUGUAAGGCAUUUAAUUUUAAAAACAUCAACCACUAUUUAAUAUGGGAUGUUUUUCCCCUCUGAAUAAAUGUAUAAAAAUAUUUUUUUCUAAACAUUUCAGUGUAAAAUUAUGCUAUGACAAUAAAAGAUUAAUUUAUUUUAAGUUUUUUUUAAAACAUUUUAGUGCAUGCCAAUAUCUUUGGGCGCUGUACCUUAAUGCCAAUAGGACACUACUUUAAAGUGAGUUAGUGAUUUGAAACUGAUUUAUGUUUAGUGCCAGCCACAUAAAGCAUCUCACACACUUUAUAAUCCAGUUUAUUGUACACAUGAUACUCAUUUUUAUUCCCACGACAGACACUCUUUGGGUUCUGUGUUUGGAACUUGACAUGACUCAGGAUGCCAGAUUUCCAGGCUUGUGGCUGUAUUGUAAAGAUUUAUUGUCAUACAUUCAUUUUCAGACACUGUUUCAUUGUGUUCAGACAUUUAAAUUAUUUGGCUUGAAGGGUUCGAUGAUGACACAACAUUAUGUGGAAAUCUCUUUAAUUUAUUUUGCUAUCAUGGCAACUACCCUGCAUGUCAACCAACAAUGAUAAACAGCGGAGGUAACAAAAGCUGAUGAAGAGUUUUCCACUCCAGCCAUCUCACAGAACAUUAUUGCAAAUUUGAUCUUAGUAAAGGUUAACACCUAUACCCAACCUCCAAAAAAACAGAUCCACCUUUUGGUACUGGUCCAUUUCUGAGCCUCACACAAACACGGUGGGAUUUUUGUAGUCAUCACCAGCAUAAAUACUGGGACCAGUUUGCAGUCUCCAGUAAAUUGUAAUCUAUGUGCCUACUUUCUCUUCCCAUGUGCAAAAGUAAGUCUGCCUUGUGGAAGAUGUUUACAGAAAAGUUAAAUUUGAUAUUGCUGGAAAAUAUCAACAAACUGGACCUUAUAGAUUAAGAAUAUGAUGUAAUCAAAGUUCAUAUACAUCUAAAAGUAGACAGACAAAUACUUUUGGCAAUAUAGUGUAAUUUAAGCAAUGUGUUUUGAUCUUCAAAAGCCCAGAAAAUGUUACCAAAAAAAAACAACAUAUCUACAGCCAGAGCAGUAACUAAAUAGUGUAGAAAGAUUAAACACUUUUGAGCUUUAAAGGAUUAUCUGGUCAAAACACUCAGUGAGCAACAUGAGGAUGGAAAGGGACAUGAGAACAUCUCCAAAGCUCACUGUUGGAGAACUGAAACAUGGAGUGGCAUACUAGGGUCACCGAGACUACAUGACAACCAUUAGACCCUAUCUAAAUGCCCCCAUAUUGUUUGGUAGACAUAGCAGCAAAAGGAUUCUUCUGUUCCACCGUUAAAAGUGUAAACAACUAGAGUUUUGAUAAACUCUGCUGUGACUUUAUCAGCAACAUCAUCUUAUGGAGAGAUGAGAUGAAGACUGAGCUUGUCAAUUUGGCAUUAACAAUAGGUAAAUGGUAAAAAAAAAACAAAAAAAAAACGUACUGGCAGAGCACCAAUCUGCUGCAGUGCCACAUGUGUAAGGUAAAGUUGAGCUUCUGUGAUGCUGUGGGCCUGUUUCUUUCCAGAAGAUGAAUACCAUAUCUGUUCAAGUCUACAGGCGUGUUAUGAAGUUAGAUUGUCCACACUUUAGUGAUGUAGUCAAUUUAUGUUAUAAUAAAAGCUAAUCCUACAACCCAGAAAUGAAGUGAAAACUGUAUUAGAUUGUUCAAAUUGUCACUAUAUAUUUUUUAGAUCAAUGACCUUCAAUAAAGAGGUCCAGCAAUGCCACCUUACCAAGACCUUUUGUGCUCCCACAUGAAAAAUCUUUCUAGAUCUGCUACUGCUGGUAACAAACUGACUCAAGAAUAACACUAAUCAACUUUAAACUUCAUUUUGACAUAGAUGAGUGGGGUUACUUAUUAAAACUUCCUAAGUUUUAAUGUCUUAGCAAUUUGUAUUUGCUAUGUCCUGUUUCUGUACUUUUUUCUUAGUGCUUUGCCUUUAGAUUUUUCUGUCAUUUGUUUACACGCCCACUUGCUUUUUCUUCUCUUAAAAAUGUUUUAUAUAAAUGCACCCAUGUGUGCUCAUUUGCUUGCUUGAAUUGUGGUACUAUUCCACUUGAUGGAGACAGCGGAGAUCAGGAAAGGUAUUGGGGAUGGACUACUGAAGCUAUGUUUAGAAUGCCCUCUGUCCCUGAUGCCUUUUAAGAGAAGAGUCAGCACAGACCAACAGCAUAAGGCUGGCAAGAGGAAGUGUAAUCAGACUUCUCAAAUAAAAGAUAAAGGAGCGGAAACACUUUGACAAAAAACAGAAUCAGGUCUUUCUUUCUUCAAAGCACCAAAAAGAAGCAAGUUGGCAGCAGAGGUCCCGAGGCAUGCCCUCUCUCCUGUGCUCAGGGCGGUUGUCUGGACAAUGCUGUCUUCUGGCAUCCUGUUGGCGUUCUGCUUUUUGGUGUUCACCCUGCGCUUCAAAAACAACAGGAUAGUAAAGAUGUCCAGUCCGAACUUGAACGUUCUGACUCUCUUUGGAAGUGUUCUCACGUAUAUCAGCGGCUUUCUAUUUGCAAUCGAUGAGCAAGCUCACGAACAAACUGAAGUGUCUAUUACUGUGCUUCAAGCUCGAAUGUGGACACUUUGCGUUGGAAGCACCCUGGUUUUUGGGCCAAUUUUGGGGAAGACCUGGAGACUCUACAGAGUUUUCACUCAGCGAGUUCCUGACAAGAGAGUGAUCAUUCAAGACAUCCAGCUGAUUGGCAUAGUGGUUCUACUGAUCCUUUUAGACAUUCUGGUUCUCACUACCUGGAAUCUCACAGACCCGGUCAGAUGUUCACGAUCUGUCAGAGCUGUUGCCAAGGCAACUGAGAGCGACACCUCCUACUCUUUGUCACAGCUGGACUCUUGUUCCUCUGAAUACUCAAAUAUAUGGGUCAUCAUUAUUGCUGUUGAGAAAGGUUGCCUUCUCCUCUAUGGCACUUACCUGGCUGGACUCACCAGCAACGUCAGCCAUCCUCCAGUCAACCAGUCUCCAACCAUCAUAAUGGCCGUCACCCUGGUCACCUUCUCCGCCGCCGCAGCCGUCCCCGUGUUUGUCUUCUUGCACGCCUGGCCCAACCUGGUCUACAGCACUGUGGCUGGAGCCAUCUUCAUCUGCACGUUGGCCACUAACUGCAUGCUGUUUGUGCCGCAGCUGACCCAGUGGCGGCAGUUUGAAGAGGAUCAGAACAACCCGAGUCAGAUGGCCAAGUAUUUCAGCAGCCCCAGUAAGAGCCAGCCAUCUGUGUACAGCCAGGAUGAGAUCUACUUUCUGUUGGGGGAAAACAACUCAAUGAAAAAGCUCCUGAGUGAGAAGAAUGCUGCGAUUGACAGUCUUCAGGAGCAGGUAAACAAUGCCAAGGAUAAACUCCUGAGGCUCAUGACAGCAAGCCAGCCCCUUGGGGACCAGGAUGUUGAUUCCUCUGCCACUAACCUCAACUCCUCCUCCACCCAGACCACUGAGCUUCAGUCUGAAGGAACCUCAUCUUGCUUACCUCAGAGAGACUUGAAAACCAGACUUUUACCUCCUCCUGCCUUACACAACUUCACUCUGCCUCCUGAUUUUUCAAAUGCUCUUAUAAGGUCUUCUGAGUCUUUCUCUAGUCGAGACUCAUUCGACCUUCAUUCUGUAUCUUCCCCCUUCACUGAUGACAUACCCCUGAGUGGAACCUCUAAUGAUGUCCCCAAAUCUGCAACCAGAGAUGCAGCAAAAUCCAGAGUGAGAGAGGAUCUCAAGCAACCUUUGUCCCUCAAAUUUCCCAGAAGGACAGCAGAAGAGGCUGUUGACUUUGUUACUUCUCUUCAAAACCAAAGAAGACUGAAUCCUUCGCAGGUUGAACAAUUUGUUAGUCAUGGUGGCCUGUCACUGCAGAUGGGACCAAAUCCCAAACUGACUGGUUUCGUUAGCAGCGAGAAGCUGCAGGAAAUCAUCCAGGAGCUGAGUAUGGAUGCAGUCACGGAGACAGCACUUCGAUUUCCAGGUCAGGCCUCUAGGACGUAUUCUCAACCAAAACUGAACACAUUGUCCCCUCUGUCCCUCUGUUCCUCCCAUUCAGCUUGUCUCUUCCACUACCCCAGCAUCUCUCCACAUGUAAUGAGAAAACGUCGGCCUCCCUUCCACACCUCCAGGAGAGCUUUGUCCCCUUCCUGCUUCUACACAGGUUCCGAUGUUCCCAUUUGUGGAUUGAAAAGGGACACCUGUAAACAUCAAAAUCAAGAUGAUACUCGUUCUCAUGUUCAUGGCAGCUCUCCUGAUUUAGAAAAGUCAGUGGAGGAGAAAGAGGGGAAUAAAGAUGAAGAGGAGGCAAUGAAAAAAUGUCAAAGAUGUGCUUUGAGGUCUCAUAGAUGCCCAAUCUGGCGUUGUGCUGGACAGAACAAUUCACCUCAGCAUGGCGUGGAAGAAGGUGACAGUAGCAAGCAGCAGCACCAUCGAUGCAUCAGAGACUCGAGUGGAUACUGGGAUUCAGACUCUAGCAGCUCCGAAGAUUACUGCUACUACCACCGACCUUACUGUGAUUCCUGCCUGCAGCGAGGCUCCUUUCUCUGCUCAGACAGCUCCUCAGACUCGUCUGACAGCGAGUAUGAGGAUUAUACGAACCUCUACCAUCCCCCACGACCUGUAGUGUUCAAAGAUGACCUCAAACCUACUUUAGUAUGACAAAAUGUUUACUGCACUUUAUGUAAUAUUUAAUUGUUUCCUCCACUUGAAUUUACAGUACUUUAAAGAAUUAUUUGCCUCCUUAUGUAUUUCUUCUGUUUUUUUUUUUUUGUCUUACUUAAAUGUUUUAGAUUAUCAAACGAAUUCUAAUAUCAGACAAAAGAUAACCUGGGAAAACACAAAAACAGUUUUCAAAUGAGUAUUUUAUUUAUUAAGGGAAACAAACUAUUCAAACCAGCUUUGCUGGGUUCCCUGGCAAAUCUUGGCAGCAAUUACGGUCAUCACAUGUUUGCAAUAACUGAUAUUGGCUCAUUUUCAAUUCAGCCUCAUUGGAACCUGUUUAAGGUAAUUUUGCAGCAUCUCAAUCAGAUUUAAGUCCAGACUUUGACUAGGCCACUUGAAAAACUUUAGCUUUUUUAUUGUUUGUUUUGUUUUUUGUUUUGUUUUGAGUUAUUCAGAGAUAGACUAACUGGUGUUUUACCAUCACUGCAUAACCCAAGGGUACUUGAUCUUAGGGUCACAAACUGAUGGUUUCAGAUUUUCUGCUAGAGAAAAUGGUUCAUGGUUUCAUCAACUAUGGCAAGUUGUCCGGGUCCCUAAGCAGCUAAGCACCAGACUAUCACAUCAUUGUUUGGCUGUUGUCAUGAUGUACACCAGGUGUAACAGGAUGCACACCUAUCAAAAAGUUCUGCUUUUCUCUCGUUAGUUUACAGAAUAUUUUUCCAAAAGUCUUGGGAAUUAUCACAAUGUUUUUUUGGCAAAUGUGAGAUGAGCCUUUGUGUUAUGUUUGGUCAGCAGUGGUAUUUAACUUCUCUUAUGAAUCCUAUUUUUGCCCAUCCAUUUUCUAUCAUUGAAUAAUGAACACUAGCCUUAACUGAAAACUACAAUCUGUAGUUAUUCCGGUUAUCUUUGUGUGAUAUAUAGAUGAGCUGGAACAUUUAAGUGUAACAAAAACAAGAAUAGAAGAAAUCUACAAGGAAACAAAUAUUGUUUUCAUAAUACUAUACUUGCUCCUAAAGCACCAGACUCAAUGCUUAUUGUAUUUAAAGCCAACAGACUUUUAUAUUGGGAGAUAAUAUAACUUUAAGUUGACUAAGAAAUGUUUUGCUUUUCCAUUUUUAUAUGAAGAAAACAUUGAUAUUGCUGAAUUUUGUUCUUUUGCUCAUGAGAAUUUUUGGUAUAUCUAACUUUUUAGCUCAAAAGUGCAAAUGGGUUUUAAUAAUAUUAAUUUCUUAAGUUAUUUUUCUAAACAGUAGUUAAUACAAACAGCAAGCAUUAGAAGUAUAAAAAGGUGUAAAAUGUAUAUGAUUUUGCAGAUGAUUACAGAUGUGCAUUAAGUUACCAAUUGUUUAAACACUGAAUUUAUUUUAAUAUUUAUUUAUAUUGUAAAACAAUAAAACAAUUUUAUUGUAAAAUACAGAAAAAAAAACCAGAAAGACAGUGGUUUCUUUUUUGGAGGAUCCUAGCACAGCUGAUCGAAACACAAAGCAACUAGUUCAUUUUAUUCAAAUUUUACAACAGAAAAUUUGUGACUGUUGAGGAAAAAAUUGUUAAAAUGUCUUCAAAGUGCUUUACAGGAAAAUAAAGGAGCCAUUAAAAUAAUAGGAGAAAUAUUUAAACAUUAAGCAAAAAGAAACAGUAACAUCAAAGUUUUAAUUGAAAAAAUAGCAGAAAUAUGACCCAACAACAACAAAAGUGUAUUUGAUCAUCAAUUCAAUUCAGUUUAUUUUUAUAGAGCCAAUUCAC